UCUAUUUUAUCGAUGCUAACUCAUGGCGUUGAUCAUAUACGAAUCGUUUUACACACAUGUCAAAUAUAACAGUUCUAUCGACUUGACUAACCAAAUUAAAACACUUCAAAGAUUUACGAUAAUUCUUUAUAAUUUCUUUUGAAGGAAUCUAUUAUCAAAUAAAUUAUGGCUAUGCUUGCAGAACCUCGACGAAAGCAAAAAUGGACGCUAAAUCCACGUGGAAAAGAUUGGUCUAAUGAUACAAAUAAAUUUGGACAAAGAAUGUUAGAAAAAAUGGGUUGGACAGCUGGUAAAGGUCUUGGUAUUAACGAACAGGGUACGACACAACAUGUGAAAGUUAAAGUGAAAACUGAUACAGUUGGCAUUGGUUUUAAAAAUAAUCAAGAUAAAGCAUGGACAGAACAUCAAAAGGCAUUUGAUAGUUUUUUGAACCUUCUACAAGAAAAUCAAGAUUCUGAAGUGAUCAAAAAAACAAAUACAGAAAAUUCUGUAGCCAAUAUUCAAUCAUUAGAAUUGAAAUCUAAACAAAGUCGUGCACGUGUACAUUAUCAAAAAUUUACACGUGGAAAAGACGUAAAGAAAUACAGUGCAAAGGAUUUAGCUGAUAUACUUGGAGAUAAACAUAUUCUAAAUAAGGAAAGUAAAAUUGAAGGACUGCAGAAAGAUGAUGCAAACGUUACCAAUACUGCACACGUUGAAAAUAUUACAGGAGGUGCAAUUACUAUAAAUAAAGGCAGUAUUACUGAUUAUUUUAAAAAAAAGACUUCACAUUUUCUUAAAAAUAAAGAAAAUAAUAAUACGAGUUGUAUGGAUGUAUCUGACAAUGAAACUGAACAAUACAGAGGUUUUGGAUUUAUAUCCAAAAGUCCUAAUUGCAAACAAACUAAUAAGUCAAAGUUUAAAUGCAAUUAUAUUUUUGAUAAUCCUGCUUUAGAUUUACAUAAUAAUGACGAUGUACCCAAAGAAAAUACGAAAUGCUUGAAUAAGAGGAAAGGGGACUCUUCAAUUGAAAAUGAUAUGCAAAAUUUAGGUUAUGAAGAAAACUCUGCAAAAAAAAUAAAAAUUGAUGAUAAUGAUACAAAUUGUAAGGAAGGUUUUAUGAAUAUGGCUCUUGAUUUAGAUACAGAUGUUAAUGAAAGUUGUGUAACUAAUAAAUUUGAAGUCCCAAGAGUAAAACUUGGUCUUACAAACGAUGCAUUAGACCUAACUGAUGAAAUUCAUGAGAAAAAGCGAGUAACAUUUAAUAAUCACGUGGAAUACAGUACAGAUUCUAGUAAGAAGAAGAAACAUACUGGUACACUGGAUAAAUUUGAAGUUGAUUCUAAGAAACGUAAAAAGAAACAAAAACAAUUUGUUUAUACUAACUCUUCAAAUAAAAUUGGUUUCAUUAAUGAAGGAUUAGACAUUAAUUUAAUACCUCAAGAAUUAAAAGAUAAUAAAGUAAAUGAGUGUAAAAGUAAAAGUAAAAAGAAAAAGAAGCAGGAACAACGGAGAAUAUCUAAUCUUGAAACAAUAGAAGAAACAUCAGAAGAAGCAAGUACAAACAAUGGUAGACAAGUUGAAAACUUGAAUAAAAAUUUAUAUGCAGAUCUAAAUAAUGAAGAAUGUACGUAUGAAGAAAAUAAUAUAGAUAUAAAAAAAAAGAAGAAAAAGAGUAAAAAUAAAACACAUGAAAUCGUAACAGUGACUGAUGACAUUGAUGAUACAAUUAGUUACAUACCAGAAAACAUGAAUUAUUCACAGAAAAAAGAAAAAAUCAAAAAGAAAAAGAAACAUAUAGCAAUAGAUGAUGAUGUUACUUAUGAAAAAAUUACAGAAAAGGCAAAAUGUAAAAAAAAAUUCACAGAGAAACAUAAAUAUGAAGAAAAUGUAGUUAAUAUACCAUUAGACAAAAAUGAAGAACAUUUAAUCAUUGAAGAAACUAUAGUUGAUGAUAAACCUACAGAAAAAUUAAAACAUAAGCGGAAGCGUGAUAAAAAACAUGUAAAUAAAGAGCUAAAAUGUGAAUUGGAAGAUAGGAAAAAUGAAGAAGUACCUUGUGAAAAGGUACAAGAUAACGAUGAAGAAAUUAAAGUGAAAGCAAAUAUUAAACAUGAUAUAAUCAGCCACAAAAUUUUUGAUAAUACAAAUAAAAACGAUAGAAUAAUCGUUGAAAAAAAUGUUAGCGAUAUGGAAAUGCAAUUACAGAAUGUGAAACAUUCGAAAAUAGACCCUGAAGAAAACAUGACAGUAACAAAAGAUAUAAAUUUUUGUGGAGAAAACCCAAAAAUGUCUAAAAGGAUAUUGAAAUCAUUUUUUGAUUUAGAUUACAUAUUAGACUUUCCAGGUUCUAAUAUAAAGAAAAUAAAAGGUUAUGGUGCAGAUAUAUUUCAAUAAUUUAUGAUUAGAUUGUUCACUAUUAGACAGUUAUAGUGACGAUAUAAUUUAUUUGUAUU